GGGCGGAGCAGGCGGCAAUUUGCGGCCAGCUCCGGGGUGGUGAGUUGUGCGUUGGUCCCUGGGCCUGAGCUUGAGCUCGGGCUCUCUCGCUUGCGAUGUCUCAAGAUGGCGGAGCUGGGCGAAUUAAAGCACAUGGUGAUGAGUUUCCGGGUGUCUGAGCUCCAGGUGCUCCUUGGCUUUGCUGGCCGGAACAAAAGUGGACGGAAGCACGAGCUCCUGGCCAAGGCCCUGCACCUCCUAAAGUCCAGCUGUGCCCCCAGUGUCCAGAUGAAAAUCAAAGAACUUUACCGCCGACGCUUCCCCCGGAAGACACUUGGGGCCUCUGAUCUCUCCCUACUCUCUUUGCCCCCUGGAACCCCUCCUGUAGGCUCCCCUGGUUCUCUAGCUCCCAUCCCCCCAGUCCUCUUGGCCCCUGGUACCCUGCUGGGCCCCAAGCGGGAAGUGGACAUGCACCCCCCUCUGCCCCAGCCUGUGCAUCCUGAUGUCACCAUGAAACCAUUGCCCUUCUAUGAAGUCUACGGGGAGCUCAUCCGGCCCACCACCCUUGCAUCCACCUCUAGCCAGAGGUUUGAGGAAGCGCACUUUACUUUCGCGCUCACACCCCAGCAAGUUCAGCAGAUUCUCACAUCCAGAGAGGUUCUACCAGGGGCCAAAUGUGAUUAUACCAUACAGGUACAGCUAAGGUUCUGUCUCUGUGAGACCAGCUGCCCCCAGGAGGACUAUUUCCCUCCCAACCUCUUUGUCAAGGUCAAUGGGAAACUGUGUCCCCUGCCGGGUUACCUUCCCCCUACCAAGAAUGGGGCUGAACCCAAGAGGCCCAGCCGCCCCAUCAACAUCACACCCCUGGCUCGACUCUCAGCGACUGUUCCCAACACCAUCGUGGUCAACUGGUCGUCUGAGUUUGGACGGAAUUACUCAUUGUCUGUGUACCUGGUGAGGCAGUUGACUGCAGGGACCCUUCUACAAAAACUCAGAGCAAAGGGCAUCAGGAACCCAGAUCACUCCCGAGCACUGAUCAAGGAGAAACUGACUGCUGACCCCGACAGUGAGGUGGCCACUACAAGUCUCCGGGUGUCACUCAUGUGCCCGCUAGGAAAGAUGCGCCUGACUGUCCCUUGUCGUGCUCUCACCUGCGCCCACCUGCAGAGCUUCGAUGCUGCCCUGUAUCUACAGAUGAAUGAGAAGAAGCCAACGUGGACAUGUCCUGUGUGUGACAAGAAGGCUCCUUAUGAAUCUCUUAUCAUUGAUGGUCUAUUCAUGGAUAUUCUUAAGUCCUGCUCGGAUUGUGAUGAGAUCCAGUUCAUGGAAGAUGGAUCCUGGUGCCCAAUGAAACCCAAGAAGGAGGCAUCUGAGGUUUGCCCCCCGCCAGGGUAUGGGCUGGAUGGCCUCCAGUACAGCCCAGUCCAAGAGGGCAAUCCACCAGAGAAUAAGAAGAAGGUUGAAGUUAUUGACCUGACAAUAGAAAGCUCAUCAGAUGAGGAGGACCUACCCCCAACCAAGAAGCACUGUCCUGUCACCUCAGCUGCCAUCCUGGCCCUACCUGGAAGCAAAGGAGUCCUGACAUCUGGUCACCAGCCAUCUUCAGUGCUACGGAGCCCUGCUGUGGGCACAUUGGGUGGAGAUUUCCUGUCCAGUCUCCCACUCCAUGAAUACCCACCUGCCUUCCCAUUGGGGGCAGACAUCCAAGGUUUAGAUUUAUUUUCUUUCCUUCACACUGAAACUCAGGUGUUUCUUUUGCAAAACUAGACGAAAUAUUCUGGCACAGCGAGACCCAAAUCUGGAAAGGAAUGAAGAAAGCAAAUGUCAUGUCAACAUAUAUAUCAGCUUUAGCUCCUAGUCACAGAUGGUGGUUGCUGUUUGCAUGUGUGGAGCCAGGACCAGAGAAGAACAGCAAUCAGAGAAUUCUUUCACAACUCCACAGGUUGAUGAUGGUGUUGUUAAUCAUAAGGUAGUCACCAACUGCUGACACCUGAGCACCUCAGUUCAUGCCCUGGUAAAUUAAAGCUUUAGGAAGGCUGGUUAAUUGGUACCAUUGGGAAUUAAGCAGGAGGAUACUUAGGGUGAAGAGUAGUAAUAGAUGGUAUCCAAAGCAGUUGAGUGGAAAAAUGCAGCAAGAUAUGCCAAGGUAUGCCUAUGCUGGUUGCUUACAUAAUGAUUACAUCACUUGUUCAAAUGGGGCAUGGAAAGGAAGUGUCUGACCCAAACCCCAAACAGGGUGACCC